GCAGCAGCGCCCGCCGCAGCAAUGGACCCGCGACGACAUCCAGCAGGUGUACGACACGCCCCUCAUGGAGCUCAUCUUCCGCGCUGCUACAGUCCACCGCCUCAACCACCCGCCCGACCAGGUCCAGCUGUGCACGCUCCUCAACAUCAAGACCGGCGGGUGCUCCGAGGACUGCUCGUACUGCGCCCAGUCGUCGCGCCACGCCGACAAGGUUGGCCUCAAGGCCGAGAAGCUCACCGACGUCGAGACGGUCCUUGUCGAGGCGCGCAAGGCCAAGGCCAACGGCUCGACGAGGUUCUGCAUGGGUGCGGCGUGGCGCGACAUGUCGGGCAGGAAACGCGGCUUUGAGCGCAUCCUCAAGAUGGUGCAAGGAGUCCGCGCGCUCGACAUGGAGGUCUGCACGACCCUCGGCAUGCUCACGCCCGAGCAGGCGGCCCAGCUCAAGCAGGCGGGCCUCACGGCGUACAACCACAACCUCGACACGUCGCGCGAGUACUACCCCAAGGUCAUCACGACCCGCAAGUUCGACGAGCGCCUCGACACGAUCGAGGCGGUGCGCGAGGCGGGCAUCAGCGUGUGCAGCGGCGGCAUCAUCGGGCUCGGCGAGAACGACGGCGACCGCGUCGGCCUCAUUUGGGAGAUGAGCCAGCUGCCCGAAGCGCCCGAGUCCUUCCCCGUCAACGCCCUCGUCGCCAUCCCGGGCACCCCGCUCGAGGCCAACGAGCGCGUCACCGUCCAGGAGCUCCUCCGCACCAUCGCCACCGCCCGCAUCGUCCUCCCUACCUCCAUCAUUCGCUUCGCGGCUGGCCGCAUCAGCUACACCGAGACGGAGCAGGCCAUGGCGUUCAUGGCGGGCGCCAACGCCGUCUUCACGGGCGAGCGCAUGCUCACGACGCCGACGUCGGGCUGGGACGAGGACCACGCCAUGCUCGCGCGGUGGGGCCUCAAGGGCAUGGGCAGCUUCGAGAGCACGACGGUACGCAUGAAGGAGAACCAGAAGGCGCUCGAGGCGACCGAGGAGCGCAAGGCGGCUGCUGCUGCCUCGCCCGUCGGCGCUGGCGCUGCGGCCGAGGCGUCGGCGUAGAUGCACCUCUUGCUCGUAGACCCCCUUCCUCUUUCUCUCUCCCUUUCGCUCUCCUUUUCGUCGUUCGUUGGAUUUGUACAGAGGUCACUCUCC